UAUGUGUGAUAUUCGUUCAGGUCGAUGACAUCAUCCCUCAAUAAUUGAGUGGGAUAAAUCCCUUCUUUACUUUUCGCGAAUCAUCCUUUAUUAUCGAGUAGAAAUUUAGGUAUCGGCGAAUCAUGAAGACGCAAGUUAUGGAGAACCGUCACAACCUGGCGAAUUUCAUUUUGAAGUCAUCGGAGGGUUGUAAUGCAGUUGAAAUGAUGGAGCCACCGGAUCAGGUCAGGGGAGACGUACCCCUCUUAAACGUUGGAUCUCAGCCGUCUAGCGUUUCCUCUGCUCCUUCUUCCGAAGAUUGGCCGGGAAAACACAAUUUCACGAUAUCUUUUAAAGAGAAGGGUAGUCAGAACGGAAAAAUCCAUUCCUGGCUGUGGUCCGAGGAGUUGCAGAAGCUUUUUGUCGAAAUGAACAAGCCGUGUCCAUUCGACGUAAAAGCUACGAACUGCUCUAAUGAACAGCUGUACGUUCGUGCCCUGCCGCUGUAUACAACCGCUACGAACGUUCUUCGAGUUGUCAAACGGUGCCCGAAUCACGCGUCAUCGGAAGAUGCCACGAAUAUUGAUGUUAAUGAAAACCUGAGGCAUCAUCUCAUUCGAGCGGAAUGUGGUUCUGCUGUGUACGAAGAAGAUACUGAGAGCAAGCGCUUGUCGGUCAGGCUUCCUUUGGGUCGCCCAGAACCUGGCGCCAACUGGACUACCCUUUUAUAUAAGUUCAUGUGCUUGGGUUCUUGCGUCGGUGGAAUCAACCGUCGUGCGCUGCAGAUCAUCUUCACGCUGGAGACCGCUUCCGGUGAAGUGGUUGGACGGCAAUGCAUUGGAGUUCGCAUUUGCGCGUGUCCAUCUCGUGACCGGAAAGUAGAAGAAAGGAAGCUGGAAAGUUCGAAUGGGGAUUUUUUUUCUGGGAUCCCUGCAAAUCUUCAUCAUCUACCACCUGUAUCGCGCAAGCGCAGUGGAUCAUUCAAUUCUCAUCCGAAUCUGAAUGCUACCUCCGCUACGCAACGGGAAUUUUUGUGCGCCAAAGUUAAACCAAAAGUCGAAAAUCCUGCCUUAGAAGACAACGUGUAUAUGAUCAAGGUGCAUUGCUACGCAAAUUAUUUGCUGUUGAAAGAAAUCGCAUUUGCCCUUGAAGUGAAGCAGCACGCGUCGGAAAUGUAUCCAACAUUGAUUGAUGAAAUAGUGCCAAUGUUUGGUUCCAGCGACAACGACAGAAUGAAUGACGACUUUCCGGAGAAAGAAUCUGCAUGUAUCAGACAAACUACCUCUUCAAGUACACCAACUUCAUCCAAUCCACCAUCGGGAUGCGUUUCUCCAGAUUCGGAUAUUCCACCGCCAUUCCCAACUCCUCAGAUGCAGCCAAUGCCGAAUAUGGGUUCCAAAUCUUUGGAAGUCGAAAGAAACAAGUUGAAGCGUUCGAUGACGCAUUGCGCUUCUAUGUUAACCCGUCCGCAGGCGUCUGCUCAGGUGCAAAACAAAAGGGUCUGUGGACUCCCUGAAGAAGGAAAAGGACACGAAAAGGAGAAUUCUAGUUCGAAGAUGCCGGUGUCCGAUGGAUUAUAUAUGUUGGCUGAACAGGCGGACAAGAUUGCCAGAGAUCCGCCGAAUAUGGACCUACAUUCGCGAUGCACGUCUCCGGAGCCGGGUGUUCGUCUGCGUGCGUUUUCCAUGUCUGCGACGGACAAAAAAUACAGGGAACGCAUGUUGCGAGUUCCUGCGAUGAGGUCUUGCCAGGUCCAAACGGAUACGAACGGAGCAGUGCCACAUGGACAGCCGUAUAGUCAGCAAUCUUCCCCACCGCCUCCCUUAUAUGUUUCCAGAAUGAAAACGUGUCAGAUUCAGCCCAAUCAUCAGCAGAGGACACAGGUUCUGUGUACUGGGCCUCCUGUGGCGUCUGGAUCGCAAGGUCCUUCGCCAGUCAUUUGUAACAAUACCACGACGCUGAAAGAGUUCAUGGAGAGCUAUGGUAUAGGAGAGCUUUGGAUAAAAAUGUUCGAGAAUCGGCCGAAGUACCAUUCUUGGCCGGUCACGGCGUUUGCCUGUUGGAGUGAAGAAGACUUCGAAUUUCUCGGGCUAGAAAAACGUCUUGCUCAGUUUCUGGUCACAAAGCUGGCGAACUACAAGUCAGCUUCUGAAAGCCUUCAAAACGGAACUUGA